AUGGAGCGCAGGAAGAACAGGAUGGGGCGAAGGAAGCGGCGGUGGCCGCCGUCGGACAGGACUGCGGACCCGGAGCUCCAGAAGCUGUACCAUCGGCUUUUGCGGCCGCUGUCGCUGUUCCCCGGCGAGGAGGCACGGAUCCCGGCGACCCCCGAGCCGCUGCCCACGUCUCCGCAGACCAAGAGCGACGCCCGAGUGGGCCGGGACUCCUACUCCAUGGAGCAGCUGUCUCCCGGCUCGCUGUGCUUGCUGGUGUCGGAGCGGCUGUCCCGCGUGGGCCACGCGCCCGAAGUGCCCCCCGAGGGCCGGCGGCGGCUGGCCGAGGUCAUCCUGUCCGAGUUGCAGUACGGCUGGCAGAUGCCACAGCCUGAGCCGGGCCUCGACCCGCGCGACCAGCAGAAACUGCGGCAGCGCGUGGAGACUCACGUGGUGCUGUCUUCGGAGCAGCUCUUCCUGCGCUACCUGCACCUGCUGAUCACCCUGUCCGUGCCCGAGUCCGUGCUCACCGAGCCCGCCACCCUCACGCGCCUGUCUGCCUGCCUGGCCUCCGACUGUUCCCGCUUCCUCACCAGCCCGAUCGUCUACCGCCGCCUGGUCUCCGAUUUCAAAGACUUGCAGGGCCUCCGCUCCUUUCUGAAGAAGGGCACGGGGGCGGUCAAGCCAGACCUUUUCCGCAAGCAGGCCCUCAUUCCACAGCAAACUAUUGGCACCUUCCAGGCGUCCAAGCUCUGCCCUCUGCCCUGGCCGCACAGCACAGGCUUCUCCCAGAUUCCGUGCUCCGCCCUGAACAUGAGUUACUUGAUUCACUUGAGCCGGCCAGACUUCCUAGGCAGGCCUUGUCUGGAUCGUUUAAAGGGGCUGAGGUCCAUUCCGGACCUGGACCAGAGAAAGUACCUGCGCUGGAUGCCCACUCUAGCCCCCAGACCCCGCCAGGUGCUUGAGGUUGGCCCUGCCCAGAAGGCUGACCUCUCAGGGAUUUCGAGCUUGGCAGAAGAUCUGGAUUUGGGGACCUUCCUGCGGCUCCAUAUCCCCCGAAAGUGCCGGUCUUUGCCCAGUCUGAGAGAAGGUUGGAAACUUUCAAAUGAACUGGGCAUACGUUCACCGCCCCCUCGAACUUUGUCCCCACUGAUUCUAGGCUGGGAGACCCAAACAGCGGCCUUCAUUGGCUCAGCUUCGGAGGACCUCAAGCACAUGAUGAAAACCUUUGAGGUGGAGCUGUCCAAGAAGCCCCAGCAGAACUCAGCCCUGGCCCCUCUCCUCCGAGCCCUGACCCAAGGCCCAAAAGGCAGCCACCGAGUGGAAGAGCUGCAGAGGACUCUGAAGACUCUCCAAGAAGAAGAAGCCUCGGGAAAAUGGGACCACCGGCCCACCCUGGGGACCACUGUGCAUCCCCAGCCAGUCACGGUGGCCCUGAAACUGAAGGAUCAGACUGUGUUGCAGGCAGCAGCUGUCCGAGUCUCAGAGCGGGCGUUCCAGGACAGCUUCUUUGUGAAGGAGGAGAAUGUUCUCUAUAACCACCUGUCAGGCGAGUUGGACAGCAAAAUCUUGGAAGAGCUGGACUCUAGCCUCUUUGCCGGGGCUAGCAUCCAGGAGAUCUACAGUGAGCUCCUGAGCCGAGUCUCUGCUGACUAUCUGUUCUUCAAUAGGGGGCACCCAGUGGAGCCGUCAUCAGAUAAGGACUGGUCAAGUCUUAUGGCCUCAACUUUCCUGUACAGAAACCCCAAGUAUCGAAUCAUCAAUCCUAUCCUGGAUGGCAUUGGAAAGCGUAGAAUACGUUCCUCGGGCUUAGAUCCCUUUCCCCCCCCACCCACUCCCCAGCUGCCUAAGCAGUGGGUCAAAAGUAAGGCCUCCUGGAUGCGAUGGUGGAGAGCCACGCUGACCCCGGAUGACUAUUUCUUGUACUUGGCCACUCAGGACUGUGACUUCCUCCAUGUGAUCUUCCACAUGUACCCAGAAGAGGAACCCAUCCAGAUGCCUAUCAUCAUCAAAGACACCCUGGAACUUCCACCCCUGCCUCCACUAGCGCAGGAGGAGGAUGCCGGGGAAUUUGUGCCAGGUAUCUGGGAUGCCAACUCAGUCCUAGAAGAUGGCCUGGGAGCAGAAGGGAGCAAAUCCCUAGGGGACCACAGGAAAGUAAAGCGACUCCAGAGGCGACUGGAGAGAAUCUGGGCAGCCCUGCAGGUGCCGGACAAAGAUCGGCUGGACAUGGCCAUCAAGUACAGCACCAAUGCCCGAGUGGGGCAGCUCCCUGCCCUGGUGACUGCCUGGGAGAAAGCCUUGCAGCCCAUUCAGGAGCGGGAGCUCUUGUUAGCCCAGCUGGAACGCUUCGAGCAAGAAGCCUCCGACCCCAAUCGGUUCUUCCUAAAGGUCGAUUAUGACCUCUGGCGCUGGACUGAAGAGUCCCAGAUCCGCAGCAACUUGUAUGAGAAAAUCAGUAGAGUGGAGACCUUGCUGACCAGGCUCCUUCGGGACAUCCAGAUUGCCUUUGGGGAGUCAGUAACAUACAAGGGGCGCUGCUAUCUAGAGAAGAUGAAGAGGGACAAAGUGGAGAUGUUGUACUGGCUGCAGCAGGAACGUCGAGCCAAGAAGCUGGUCCGGGUCCAAAAGGGCUCACGACUGCCUUCCCUUAACCCUAAAAACACAGGAAACUCAGAAAAUGGCCUCAUUCCUUCUCCCAGAAAUGUCUAA